AUGACGAAGUUAACUUUUAGCACGUUCAGCCCUAUGCGGCCUUUGCUUUUUCUGUGUUUUAAUUAUUUUCUGGCUUUGGUGUCCUCCACCUAUGCUCUGGUGCCGGGAAUGGGCCCCACGGACUAUACCGUCGGCCAACAGAUUCCUGUUCAAGUUGCUUCGCUGCAGUCGGUGCAGGGCAUUCUCCCUGUCGACCCAUACGGGCCAAACCUCCCUUUCUGCCGUCCUGCGACGACAGAAAUUGAAGAAAACAAUUUAGGCCAAAUGUUGAUGGCGGAUCGUGUGCAAAAUUCUCCUUACGAGAUUGAAUUCAUGAAAAACGCUUCCUGCAAAACUCUUUGCAAGAAUGUGCCCUUGACAGACGAGGUUAAGGGACAGGUGCAGCGCCUCGUGCGCGACAAGUAUAUGUUUCAGAUGAUAGUUGACCAGCUGUACGCGCUGCAGUUGGUCCAGCGGGUGAACGGGUCCAGUGGUUACACCAUUGGUGUGCCUGUGGGUUUUGAGCGCGACGGGCGCAUUUUCGUCUUCAACCACUAUAGAAUUAUUGUGCAUUAUCACAGCAACGCUCAAGACAAACAGACCUCUUCGUUGCCUUGGGAUUCGAGCUCUGCGCAAUACCGCAUUGUACGUCUGGAGGUGGUUCCGAUGUCUGUACAGCACGAGAUUGAUUCUUCUGAUCGUCUGACCUGCGGGAUGCCUCCUGUAGACCAGUUGCAAGAAGAGGGCGCUGGGAGUUCGAUGCACACACCGUUUGCAGCCUUGCCACCCUUCAGCUUCCGCGCAGACGACGCGGCUGAACCAGAAAAUGCCAGCGAGACGGGGGUCGAGGAUCCGCAAUCUUUGAAUUUUUCCUAUGACGUGGUUUUCCAACCAAGUCCCGUACUCUGGAGCGAACGAUGGGACAUUUACCUCGCGAAUGCGCGCGACAGGCCACUCAUUCACUGGUUUUCGAUUGUGAAUUCGUUGGUGGUACUGCUGCUCUUGUCUGCGUUGGUCGCGAUGAUUCUGCUGCGCGUGUUGUACAGAGACAUAAGCAGAUAUAAUGACCUCCUUGCAGAUGAAGAGGACGCAGAAGAAAAAGGGUGGAAACUCCUUCAUGGAGACGUUUUCAGAAAACCCGCACAUUCAACUGUUCUUGCGGCGCUGACGGGAUCGGGCAUGCAGACGGUACUGGUCCUCUGGACUGUCAUGGGAGCUGUUGCGGGAUACACCUCAGCACGGAUGUACAAAUUGUUUAAGGUCGUCAGUGAACUGGAAGAUGACGACCAUCCGCACGGCUCUUGUGUUCCCAGGCGUUGUUUUUUCGGUCUUCUUUCUUAUGAACGUCGUCCUCUGGUCACAACGGUCUUCCGCAGCUGUCAGCUUCACAGGGCUGUUAGCACUGCUCGCGCUUUGGGCGCGUACUAUGGCUUCAAACAACCAGCGAUCUCUAUCCCCGUCCGUAUCAACAAAAUUCCACGACAAGUGCCGCAGCAACCGUGGUUUAUGCAUCCUGCGUUGUGUUCAUUGGUUGGGGGAGCGUUGCCCUUCGGGGCGAUGCUCACCGAGCUAUUCUUUCUCUUCUCCUGCAUUUGGCAGCAUCGCUUCUACUACCUCUUCGGUUUUUUGUUUUUGGUGUUAAUAAUCUUGUGUGUUACAUGCGCGGAGAUUUCGAUAACUUUUGUUUAUUUCCAGCUCGUUUGCGAAGAUUACAACUGGUGGUGGCGUUCCUUCCUUUGUAGCGCCACCAGCGGGGUGUAUGUGAUGCUGUACGCGGUGUAUUAUUACAACUCGCGUCUCAGUCUGUCGCACACAACAGGGGCGCUGGUUUACUUCGGGUACUCCUUCAUCAUGGCGUAUGGAUGCUUCAUCCUCACCGGCGCCGUGGGCUUCAUGGCCUCUUUCUUCUUCUUGCGGAAGAUAUACUCAUCAAUCAAGGUUGAUUGA